GCAGUCUGCUCUCUGGUUCGCGAACAAGAAAGAAGAUGGAUUCUUCAAUACUGGAACCAUCCUUGUACACUGUCAAAGCGGUUUUGAUCCUGGACAACGACGGAGACCGGCUGUAUGCCAAGUAUUACGAUGACACGUACCCAACAGUGAAAGAGCAGAAGGCGUUUGAGAAGAACAUAUUCAACAAAACACACAGGACGGACAGUGAGAUAGCAUUACUCGAAGGCCUCACUGUUGUCUACAAAAGCAACAUAGACCUCUUCUUUUAUGUGAUUGGAAGUUCCCAUGAAAAUGAGCUUAUGCUUAUGGCUGUUCUAAACUGCCUUUUUGAUUCGCUCAGUCAGUUGUUGAGAAAGAAUGUUGAGAGAAGAGCUUUGUUGGAGAAUAUGGAGGGUCUCUUUCUGGCUGUGGAUGAAAUUGUAGAUGGAGGGGUGAUCCUGGAGAGUGACCCACAACAAGUUGUGCACCGAGUGUCUCUCAGAGGGGAUGAUGUGCCUUUGACAGAGCAGACAGUCACCCAGGUCCUUCAGUCUGCCAAAGAACAGAUCAAGUGGUCCCUCCUACGGUAGUCACGGCUGCACCAGUCUCCCAGUGAGCCGCCGGUCAGCCCAGUCUCCGUGGCACUGACCGGCAGACUCCUUUUCCUCCUCUCCUUCAAUGAAAGCUGUGAGGCGUACAACUGGCUGAUCCAGUGCUCGACAAAGUUUAAUUUUCCAAUCUUUUUCUUGCACGGACUUGCAUUGUAUGACAUAAUCAACGUGAGGAUAGGAUACGCUGUACAUUCCAGUACCGCCUGUUUGGUUCGUUUUUUCAUGAAGGCAUCUGUGUGUCAAACCAGUAAAUCUAUCUCGUAUCUUAACCUCGGUAUCGCCCGUUGAAACAUUCCACAUGUGUUCUUGACCAAGAAUGUCAUCCCAUUUGACAGCACCGUCAUCUUACUGUACAAAGCAUCAUUUAAUUUACAUAAACAUUGUGAUCUAAAUCAAGGUGGACAGCUUGUACUGUUGUCAUACCGAUGAUCACAAAGGAAUGUUUUGAAUAUAUUUUGUCGAGCGAUCUUCCAUUCAUCAGAUACUUAUAAUAAAUAUUUGUUGACAACAA